GGGAAAUGACGCUUUUAUUUUGAAAUUUAAUUUUGUCUUCCGUUGUUUUUCCUACUUAUCAUUGUUCUGUAGUUCCUGGUAAGAGUUGAAUGGCUGCAUGAAGCACGGGUCAUCUCUUUUUUGACUGUUUUUAUGUCAAUUGUGACGCUGAGCUGAAGUCGGCCUGAUAAUGUCGUCUCUUAGCGGAACUGCAGGAGGGAUUCACGGUCUCCUCCUUAAACUUCAUGAAGCAUUGACAGAUAGGGACUGCAGAUCAGCGGCUCUGACAUGUCAGGACAUAGUCUGGGAUCUGGGGCAGGAGUGCAUGCUGGCAACCGCCGAGAAUGACCUGGUUUUGCAGAUGUCCUCAUUGUUCUCUAAGGACUAUGGUUUGCUCAGCUUUCUCAGGAAGUCCCUUCCAUCAGAUGAGCUCAAAGAGACUCGGGUGAAGUCCCUGUGUUUUUUGGGGACGUUCUUGGACAAAGUUUCUUACAAAGUUAAAGGUUGGGAGAAUACCUAUGCCAUGGAUCUAAAAGACACGUGCAUGGUGGUGUACGUGAAAGAUAAAGGUGCCAAGUGUAGGACCACAGUGAUGGAGCUUCUCAUUAAGGUUCUCCAAAUCACCAAGGCCUCAAGUGUCGCUGCAUAUUUCAAAAUUAGUGAGAUGUUCGACAAAUUCUACGGUGAACUUUUUCAAAGAAACAAACUCCCAGAUUCAGUACUCGGCAAAAUCUACGAGUUGCUGGGAGUCCUGGCAGAGGUUCAUCCAAGCGAAAUGGUCAACAACUCUGACAAGCUGUACAGAGCGUAUUUGGGAGAACUUAAAGAACAGAUGACAUCAUCAACCAAAGAACCAAAACUUUUCGUGGUCGCAGGAUGUUUGAUAGGAAUCACUGCUGUGAUGGUCAACUUCACCAAAACCAUGGAGGAAGAUCCGGCGACGUGUAAAGAAAUAUUUCAGUUUGCUCUGAAGGCGGUCAAUCCUCAGAUGGCAAUGAGUCGCUACGCUGUCACCUUUGCUGGGCUCAGGCUGUUGGCCAAACAUGCGUCUCAGUUCAGCAGCUGCCUGAUUGACAACUACAAGGUUUUGUUUGAGGUCAUGUCCAAGCUUUGCGGACACAUCAACGGCGAGAUGAAGAAGACGAGCUACUUCGCACUCGAGGCCUUCCUCAAACAGGUAGCCUUGCUGGUGGCUGAAAACACGGAGGAGCAUAAGAGUAAGCUGAAGUUCUUCAUGCAGAAGUUCUGCGGCAUCAUCAAAACAAUGGACUCCACGCACAAGGAGCUCUCCAUCGCCAUACGAGGAUACGGCUUCUUCGCCGCUCCGUGCAAGAAGGUUUGCCCCCAGGAUGUGGACCUGAUGUACACGGAGCUGAUUCAGCGUUGUAAGCAGAUGUACCUGACGGAGUCUGAUGACGAGGACGACAGCUACUACCAGCUGCCCAGCUUCUUAGACUCCAUAGCCAGUGUCCUGAUCCACCUGGACAAGAUCCCAGAGGUGUACACUCCGCUCCUGGAGCGUCUCCUCGUGGUGCAGAUCGACAGCUUCCCUCAGUACAGCGACAAAAUGCAGACGGCCUGCUGCAGGUCUAUCCUGAAGGUUUUUGUGGCCAUGGCCUCUAAGGGUCCUGUGUUGUGGAGUUUCAUUGGCUCAGUGGUGCACCAGGGUUUGAUCCGCGUCUGUUCAAAACCCAUCAUGCUCGCCGAGAACAAAGAUGGAGAAAAUAGUUCCGCUCAGUCAACCCAAGUUCAGGUGGGAAAGUGGAAAGUACCGUUGAGUGAAAACUACCUGGAUCUGUUUAGAGGACUUUUGGACUGCGAUCAGUUAAAGGAUUCCGGUUUCCUGGAUGGAGAUUUUCAAAGUCAGAACUCUGCUCUUGUCUCGCUGAGCCGCCUCUUAUACGACGAGCUGGUCAAAUCCAUUCUCAGAAUCGUGGAGAAACUUGACUUGUCCGUGCAGAAGCUGAACACAGACGAGGAGGCUCCAGAUGCCGCAGCGCACAUCCUGCCUUCUUCUGACCCUACAGCUCAUUUGGUUCCUAAUAAGGUCAAAGACUUUACAGCCUUCAUCAACUUGGUGGAGUUCUGCAGUAAGUUGCUGCGGACCAAACACGUGGAGUAUUUCCAGUCCUGGAUGUAUCCCUUAAGCCAUGAACUCAUUCUCCACUCCAUACACAAUCCACUUGUCAGUGGCUUCUACAAGCUGCUGGCUCUCACAAUGAAAAUAGCCAAGAGAAUCAAGUACUUCCAGGGUGUCGGCGUCAGAAACGCUGCGUCUCCAGAGGCCGACUCGGUGAAACUUACUUGUUUUGCCCUUUUCUCGAAGUUUGGAAAAGAGGUGUGUGUGAGACUGAAGCAGUACAAAGACGAGCUGCUGUCGUCCUGCUUGACCUUUGUCCUCUCGCUGCAUCACAACAUUGUAGCUCUGGAUGUCAAGGCCUAUUGUCCUGCCCUGGAGGCAGCUUUAAAGCUGGGCCUGAGUCAUGCUCCUCUGGCCAACACGGCCUUGGACGCCCUUGAAGACUGGUCCUUCCACAUUCCUCUGGAGACUCUGCAGCCCUGCUACACCAACAUCCUGCCUCUUCUGGAUGGGUACCUGAAAAACACUUCUGGCAGCAACAAAGACGACAACAGCUGGGAGGUGAUGUCUUCUCUGUCUUCAAGUCGGGGUUACAGAAAAGUGAUGACAAGGCUUCUGAAGAAAUCCAACCAGUUCUCUGCGGAAGAUGCUCCUCUUGUAGCGGUGAGACUCCGCGUAGUAAAACUACUUGGACGCUUGGGGGGAAAACUGAACAGGAACCUAGUGACCGUGGUUUCGUCAGAGGAGAUGAUGAAGAAAUUUGUGGCCUGGGACACUGAGCGGAGGCUGAGUUUUGCAGUUCCCUUCACUGACAUGAAGCCAGUCAUCUACCUUGACCCAUUUCUGCCCCGCAUCAGUGAACUGGCGCUGUCCACCAGUGACAGACAAACCAAAGUGGCAGCAUGUGAGCUGCUCCACAGCCUGGUGGUCUACAUGGUCGGGAAAAGUGCCCAGAUGGUGGAAGGGAAGAGUGCACUUCCACCCAUGUACAAGCUACACAAGAGGCUGUUCCCGGUGCUGCUGCGUCUUGCCUGUGAUGUCGAUCAGGUAACCAGGCAGCUUUUUGAGCCACUGGUCAUGCAGCUGAUUCACUGGUUCACCAACAACAAGAAGUUCGAAAGCCAGGACACGGUAGCUGUUCUGGAGGCCAUAUUGGAUGGUGUGGUUGACCCCAUGGACAGCACCCUGAGGGACUUCUGCGGACGUUGCAUCGAAGAGUUCGUCAAGUGGUCGAUCAAGCAGACCACCCCAAAGCAGCAGGAGAAGAGCCCGACGAAUAUGAAGUCCCUGUUCAAACGAAUCUACAGUCUGGCUCUGCACCCAAAUGGUUACAAAAGACUGGGUUCGGCUUUAGCCUUCAACAGCAUCUACAGACACUUCAGGGAGGAAAAUUCUUUGGUGGAGCAGUUUGUUUUCGAAGUUCUUGUAAUUUUUGUGGAAAGCCUGGCUCUCGCACACUCAGAUGAGCGCUCAAUGGGGACACUGCAGCAGUGCAAAACUGCCAUUGACCAUCUGAAGAGAAUCAUCAAACACAAGGCCCCCAGCCUCAAUCAGCGCAAUGCCAAGAGACGCAUCCCGAGGGGUUUUCCUCCUGAUGAAAAACUCCUCCUGUCCGAUGUGGUUCUGUGGCUUUUGGAACAAUGUGGACGUCCUCAGACAGACUGUCGCCACAAAUGCAUGGAACUCUUCUACGAGUUCGUUCCUCUCCUUCCAGGAAAGCCGUCUCCGCCUCAGUGGAUGGACAGCAUGCUGAAGGAUCACGGCAUACACUUCCUGACCUCGCGCUUCGAGGGCGGAGGGCUCCUGGCUCAGCCCACUCUCAGGGAUCUGACCGGUCCAUUCAGUGUCCGAGCCACUCUGCAGUGGAUGGACCUGCUCCUGGCCGCCCUGGACUGCUACAACACCUUCAUUAGCCUCCACAUCAUCAAGCCUCAACACAUGCUGAGCACCAAAGACGAGUCCAGUUUUCUGAAAGCUAUUCAUUUCUUCCUAACCGAGUUGGUCACCCAGGACCUGGCCGCAGCACAGAGCUGUUUCCCCGUCCAUGAGAGAGUCUCUCACUUCAGUCCCAGAGAGGUGGAUCAGUACAACUACAGCAAGUGCACUAUCACUGUCCGCCUGUUGGAAUUCGCCACCAUGGUCCUUGUCAAAGGAGACAAGGAGCUUUUGAAGAUUCUGGAGCCAGAUGUGUUUUGCACGGUGUUUUUCGAGUUGACUGCUUUGGCCGUGUGUGAGCCGGCCGCUGUUGGAUUUAACAUGGCGGACAUUGAGGUGAUGAGGAACCUCCCGGAAGUGUGCGUUGCCCUGCUCAAGGCCCUGGUGUCGUCGACGCACUGGACGCAUCUUGAAAGCAGCCUGCAGACGAAGAUCUCGCGUAAAAGCGUAGAGCAGUUGUGUGCUGUGGAUCUGUACAGCUCGGGGUCUCUGGGUUCUCACGUACAGGUGGAAAUGCUUCUGUCGUCCUGUAAACAGAUACACCGAGCUGGAUUCCUGGACUCUAUCCUGCACGGCCAAGAUGCGGACUACGUCAAAUCCCUCGGGUCUCGACUUCUGAUGACCGUGUACAAAGGCAUAGCACCGGGCGACGACCGCAAGGGACUUCCGUCUUUGGACGUAAACACCAGGAGGGUAGCGGACGGACUGCUGCAGCUUUCUUUUGCUCUCAGUCAGCAGAGUGAGCAGCUGGUGGACCUGCUGUUAAACACCAUCUCACUGUCGGUGACCAUGUCGGGAAGCAACAGCCAGAACGUCCUGAACUUCUCACACGGCGAAUACUUCUACAGCCUCUUCCAGACGACCGUCAACGCCGAGCUGCUGAAACGUCUUCAAAUCGCAGUUCCGUGUCUCGUGAACGCUUCCUCCAGAAAUCCAGCCAUGGUGAGUGCGUUACUGAACGGAAUGCUGGACCACAGUUUCAGAGAGAGGUCUCUGAGGAAAACCCAGGGAAAGCAGCUGGUUGAGGAGGUGUUAAAGAUGUGGAAGAGUCUGCAGCCGUGGUGGGAAGGACCCUCCGCCACCCCCGACAGCAAAACGGCUACUCUCCUGCUGCUAUCAAAGCUCCUGCAGAUCGAUUCCUCUGUGUGCUCUGAUGUCAACCACGAUGCAUUCAGACCAGUCUUCACCACCUUUACUGUGCUGCUGAUGGACACCAAUCUGCCUCUAAACUUCAAGAGUCAGGCCCUUCUUGUUCUGCCCUUCCUCACGACCCUUCCCGAGGAACCGCUGGCCGAGCUGCAGAAAGCCCUGGACGUCCUGGUGGUGUCACACUUCCCCAUGCAGUCGGAUGAGUUUACCAAAGGCUCGCUGCACCGCAACAACUACAUGGACUGUGUUCGUAAGCUGUUGGACGCUCUGGAGCUUUCCCAGUCCCCUCUCGUGCUGAAACUGCUGUCCGGAAUCCUGUGUCGGGACAGAAAGCACAUCAUGGAGGAGCAGUUCCAGAUCUGUUUCCAACGACUUGCGAAAAGGUCGAGCAGGGAACGACAGCUCCAGCUGCUCUCCGCAGUUUACAGUGUGAUCCAGCAGGGCGACGUGCCGGUGAAUCACAUGCUGCAGGCCUUGACCAGCAGAGUUCUGCUGCCCCUGGCCUCUCACUGCGGCGCUGCGGCGCUGAACGACUUCUUUGUGGCAAAUGUCUCGGACAUAAUCGCGUUGCUUCUCAGCCGCUUCACCAAGUUGAGUGAAACAGCCUUUGAGGUCCAGCUGCUGAAGAAGAACUGCUGCUACAAACUGAUGGAGCUGCUUUACUCCCGACUUCCGAAGGAAGAGGUCUAUUCCAAGGAUUCCCGCAUUAACCGAGCCCACUGUCGCGCGGACAAAACGGAAGGGAACGAGCUGUCCAAGGCGCUGAUCAAGUCGUGUUUUGAAGCUUUCACUGAGAACAUGGCCGGCGAGACUCAGCUGCUUGAACUCAGGAGACAGUAUCACUGUGCCGCGUACAACUGCGCCAUCGCCGUCAUCAGCUGCUGUUUCAGCGAAGCCAAGUUCUUCAAUGGUUUCCUCUUCAGCGAGAAACCAGAGAAGAAUCAGUUCAUCCUGGAAAAUCUCAUAGACGUUGACAGGAGUUACAAUUUCCCAGUGGAAAUUGAGGUUCCUCUUGAGAGGAAAAAGAAAUAUAUCAUGAUUCGAAGUGAAGUCAACGAGGACAACGGAGAAGCACCGGUUUACUUGUCCUCCCAGUCUUACAUGGCCGACAGCAGCCUGAGCGAGGAGAUGAGUCAGUUCGAUUUCUCCACCGGCGUCCAGAGCUUCUCCUUCAGUUCCCAAAACCCGGAGGGACGAAGACGAGUCCCAGCCAAAAGAGAGACAGAGGACAGAAGUCCCUCCACGGAUGCGAUGGUGGAUUUGGAGAUGGAUGAGCUCAACCAACACGAGUGCAUGGCGGCCAUGAUCGCCCUCGUCGAACACAUGCAGAGGAACAACAUCACACCGAAAUCGGAACAGGGAAACCCACCAAGUGAACUUCCUCCGUGGAUGAAAUUCCUUCACGUUAAACUGUCAAAUCCGGCAACGCCCCUGAACAUACGACUCUUCGUCGCCAAACUGGUCAUCAACACAGAGGAGGUCUUCCGACAGUACUCCAAACACUGGCUGGGGCCGCUGCUGCAGCUCGUCGUCUCCGAGAAAAACGGAGGAGUGGGAAUCCACUUCAUGGUGGUGGACAUCGUGGUCACCGUGCUCUCCUGGACAAGCCUGGCCAGUCCCAAGGGGAACCCGAGAGAUGAGGUUCUGGCCAACCGCCUGUUUGAGUUCCUGAUCAAGAACAGCUUCCACUCCAAGAAGGCGGUUUUCCGACACAACCUGGAGAUCAUUCGCACCAUGGUGGAGUGCUGGAAGGACUGUCUGCACGUGCCGUACAGUGUCAUAUUUGACCGGUUUUGUGGCAGCGACCCAAACGGCAAAGACAACUCGGUUGGACUUCAGCUGCUCGGAAUCAUUCUGGCGAAUAAACUGCCAGCAUAUGACAUCUCAUGUGGAAUUGAAUACGAGCGGUACAUCCAGAGUCUCACCAACAAUUUGUCCUUUGUGAGGUACAAAGACGUGUACUCCGCCGCCGCCGAGAUUAUCGGCCUCAUCCUGAAGAACAUGGCCGAUAACGAGCGUCAGCAACUCCUCAGUCUAGCUGCGAGUAAGAUAACGAACCUGCAGAAAAAAAACCUGGAUGACAAGUUCAUAAUUUGCUUGAAUAAAGUGUCCAAACACUUCCCUCCGUUUAUGGAUCGCUUCAUGAAUCACGUGUUCUUCAUGCUGCCGAAGCUGCACGGCGUCUUGAAGACCGACUGUUUGGAGUGUGUGUUGAGCCGAGCCGAGGUGAUACCGGACGUAUUCAUGCAGCUGAAGACGUCGGGCUUCGUCCAGAUGAUGAGCCACAGGGACGAAGCCAGACAGAGAAUGUGUCUGGACAUAAUCCACAAGAUCCUCGGCCUCCUGACUCCGCUUCAGCUUCAGGAGCUCACAGGAGCCGUGACCGCUUUUGUCUCCCAUCCUUCCCCCGUGUGCAGGGAGAGGAUGUACGACAUCCUGAUGUGGAUCCAGGACAACUAUAGUGAUGCAGAGAGUAUGGAAGACAGCACUUCAGUGGAGAUUUUGAACGCAGCGAAAGAAACGCUUCUUCAGGGACUGGCUGAGGAAAACCAGGGCCUCCAGCUGUAUGUGCGUAACUUCUGGAGUCAGGAGAAGCGUCUUCCUACUGCCACCCUUGACCGAAUGUUGACGGUGCUUCAGUCCUUGUACUCCUGUCAAAUAGAAAGGUGUUUCCUAAGCCUGGCUACCAACCUGCUGCUGGAGAUGACCAGCCAGAGUCCUGACUUCAAUCGUAACAUGUUCGAGUAUCCCCUGUCGGAGUGUACUUUCCAGUUUGACACACUAAUUUUUAAGGGGCGCAGGACACAACUCUCCAGUCGUUUUGCGCUCAACAGCUCUAAUGUCUUUGUGCCAACAGCAGCGAAUGAGCAACGCAAAAGCAUCCUGCGGCUGAGGCGCCGAUUUCUGAAGGACCAGGAGAAAGUCAGCGUGAAUUUCGCACGAAGGGAAAUCCAGCAACAGAAACAGAAAAAGGAAGACAAUUUGGAUCAAAGGCUGCGGAAAGAAGCUCAGGUGACUCUGUACCGGAGCUACAGAGUGGGAGACUUUCCAGAUAUCCAGAUCCCGUACAACAGCCUCAUUACUCCGCUACAGGCACUCGCCCAGAGAGACCCAAUUUUAGCCAAGCAGCUCUUCAGCUCCCUGUUUGCCGGAAUCCUUGAGGAGAUGGAAAAAGGCAAAGUGAGGGAAAGUUCAAGAAUCAAAGACGAGCUACGCUUGAACCUGAACACCAUUCUGAGCAAGAGUACGCUCUGUUUCCCGCCGUUUGUAGCUUGUGUGCAGGACAUUUGCCACCAGCAGCCAGAGCUUCAGCAGCUUGAUCCGGCCACCAUCAGCUCCACCUCCCUCAUGAGCCUCCAGCAGCCGUCGGGGAUCUUGUUACUGGAGGAGAGCCUGCUUCACUCCACCGUCCAGGAUGAGCCUCCCAGCAAACGCGCACGCGGGCGCAGGGAAAACCCACCAGACACCAAUAAGUGGAUUCACCUUGCCAGGCUAUACAGGUCCUUGGAGGAUUACGAUGUCGUGCGAGGAAUCUUCGGCGGGAAAGUUGGGACCAAGUCGAUCACCUGUGAUGCCCUCCAAGCUGAAGCCAACACUGACUUUGCAGAAGCUGUGAAGCUUUAUAACGAGGCGAUCAACACCGAGGACUGGGCCGACGGGGAGCCCACUAACGCCGAGAGGGACUUCUGGGAAAUCGCCGCCAUGGAGGCCUACAGUCAUCUGACGGAGUGGAAGUCUCUCCAGUACUGCUCCACCGUGUCCAUCGAUGAAAACACGCCACCCAGCCUGGAGAAGAUGUGGUCAGAGCCUCUUUACCAGGAAAUGUACCUGCAGCACAUGAUUCGCAGCAUGUUGAAGCAGCUGCAGCAGGGGGAACGAGACCAGAGCCUCCUCUCGUUCAUCGACCAGGCCAUGAAGGUGGAGGAGCACAAGAAGCUGCUGGAGAGCCACUACAGCCAGGAGCUCAGCCUGCUCUACAUCCUGCAGGAGGACUUCGACCGCGCCAAGUAUUACAUCAAGCGCGCCAUGGAGCUUUUCAUCGAGAGUUACUCCAGUGUGGACACGCUGCUCACUCAAAGUCGGCUCACCGUCCUUCAGUCAGUGCAGUCCUUAAUAGAGAUCCAGGACUUCCUGCACUUCAUUACAGGGGAGGUGUCCGUGACCGGUGUAAAACGGCUCACCAGAUCAUGGACUGAGCGCUAUCCUGAUGCUAAAGUCGAUCCACUCAGUGUGUGGGAUGAUAUCAUUACAUCUCGAUGCUUCUUCUUGGACAAGAUUAGGGAAAAGCUCAGAGGCCACGCUCCCCUCCCUGACAGUAUGGAGGUGGACAGUGGUGAGGACCCGGCGAGUGGAGUGGAAACCCUGAUAAAUGACUGCAAGUUCAACAUGAAGCUACAGAUGGCCAACAGUGCGCAGAAGCAGAAUAACUUUGCCGUUGCAACCAAGCUGCUGAAAGAACUCCACAAAGAAGCCAAGGCCGAUAGAAGCCUGUUCAUGCCCUGGGUCCACAGCUUUAGCCGCUACAGCCACAAACGCAGCCACACCCAGGGCCCUGUGGAGCAAAUCAGUAGCAUCCUGAAGACCGUUCCACUCCUGGAGGACCUUCAGUCAGAGUGUCAGAGGGCCACAGCUAAAACGUUCAGAAACCAGAAGAUCCUCCAGGGAACAUCCUUCAACAUACUGGCCAAAGCUGUGAGCAGCAGCCCCUCCAUCCUGGGAACCAUCGACCCUCAGAAAGCAGAGACGGUCGUGAGGCUGGCCGGCUGUGCCUGGCCUGCUCGAAAUCCAAAGGAAGUUGAAGUGGGGCUGCAGGUACGAGCUCUGAAGCUCAUCUGCGAGGCAACCGGAAAGGCUGAAGAAGAGUUGCAGUCUUACACUCGGGACUGCGUGGAAAGCAGCAGCAUCACUGAGACGUACAUGGCUUUGGCAAACUUCUGUGACGAGCUGCUGAGAGACGCGGAGCAGAGUGAUGACGAAAGCCAGUUUCCUGAUCUUCUGGCUCUACCUGUACACGUAGUGGACUGUUUGCUAAAAUCCCUGAAGAUGAACUCCGAGGAAGCGCGCCUCAAGUUCCCACGUCUGCUGCAGAUCAUACACCUGUACCCGUCCGAAACCCUUGACCUCAUGACGAAGGAGAUGACAUCGGUGCCCUGCUGGAUGCUGAUUGGCUGGAUCAGUCAAAUGGUCGCUCUUUUGGACAAGCCAGAAGCCGUGGCCUUGCAACACAGCAUUGGGCAGAUAGCAGAGAGUUACCCCCAAGCUCUGGUUUACGCCCUCAUGAUCAGCACGGAGAGUUUCCAGUUUGAGGACACGGCCACAGGACACCAGCAGAGGGAGUUCGUGGACAGGCUCAGGAGCGUGCUCGAUAAGGCAGGAGCUGUGAGGAAAUUCGUGGAUGCGCUGCAGCAACUCACCAACCCCGAGAUGAUUUUUAGGGACUGGUGGGAUUACGUGAAAAACCAAAUGGACAAACCAGGUUUUGACAAGAAGCAGAUGGAGCGCAUGUACGAUGAGAUGCGAACCUCGCUGGGGGACGACGCGGUCGGACAUGGAGCGUUUCGCAAGAAAUUUAUCCAGAUGACAUCGGUGCCCUGCUGGAUGCUGAUUGGCUGGAUCAGUCAAAUGGUCGCUCUUUUGGACAAGCCAGAAGCCGUGGCCUUGCAACACAGCAUUGGGCAGAUAGCAGAGAGUUACCCCCAAGCUCUGGUUUACGCCCUCAUGAUCAGCACGGAGAGUUUCCAGUUUGAGGACACGGCCACAGGACACCAGCAGAGGGAGUUCGUGGACAGGCUCAGGGGCGUGCUCGAUAAGGCAGGAGCUGUGAGGAAAUUCGUGGAUGCGCUGCAGCAACUCACCAACCCCGAGAUGAUUUUUAGGGACUGGUGGGAUUACGUGAAAAACCAAAUGGACAAACCAGGUUUUGACAAGAAGCAGAUGGAGCGCAUGUACGAUGAGAUGCGAACCUCGCUGGGGGACGACGCGGUCGGACAUGGAGCGUUUCGCAAGAAAUUUAUCCAGAGGUUUGCUAAAGAUGUGGAGAAACUUCUGGGAUCCAAAGGCGGCAAGUUGUUCGAGAAAAGGAAGGACAGAAACUUUGUCCAACAGGUGGAGGAACUUGCUAAAAACAUGCGUGAAUUUCAGAGAGAGCCGGGAAACCUGAAGGAAUACUCGCCCUGGCUGAGCUCCUUCAAAGCAGACGCAUUCAGCAACGAGCUGGAAAUCCCAGGUCAGUACGACGGCAGAUCCAAACCUUUGCCCGAGUACCACGCCAAGAUCACAGGCUUCGACGAAAGGGUGAAAGUGAUGUCUUCCAUUCGCCGUCCCAAACGUCUGAUCAUCCGCGGCGACGACGAGCGCGACCACCCGUUUUUGGUGAAAGGCGGAGAGGACCUGCGCCAGGACCAGCGUAUCGAGCAGCUGUUUUCUGUCAUGAACAUUUUGCUGAGUCACGACUCCACCUGCGCACGCAGGGGCCUGGAGCUCCGCACCUACCAAGUCAUUCCUAUAACCACCAGGAUUGGUCUGAUUGAAUGGAUGGAGAACACCUCUACUCUGAAGGAGUUCCUGUGCAGCACUUUGACUGAGGGCGAACAGAAAACUGCACAGAGGUGUGCCGAAGUCUACAACAAAUGGCUGGCAAGCUUGGAUCCAAAAAAGUCGGGGAUUGCCCUGUACGGCGUGGCUUUCAGGAAAGCCAAACGCGCAGAUACAGUCAACAACUUCGGCAAAGUGUUGCAGCAUGUUCCCAGGGACCUGUUGAAGAGAGCUUUCCUGAAGAUGUGCAACAGUCCCGAGGCCUUCCUGUCCCUGCGCUCUCACUUCAUCAGCUCUCACGCGUUGCUCUGCGUGAGCCACUGGAUCCUCGGUAUCGGAGACAGGCACCUUUUAAACUUCAUGAUCAACAUGGAAACGGGAGGCAUGAUCGGCAUUGACUUUGGCCAUGCGUUUGGUUCAGCCACGCAGUUCCUGCCUGUUCCGGAACUGAUGCCUUUCCGUCUGACUGGACAGUUUGUGAAUCUCAUGCGACCCCUGAGCGAAUCAGGAUUGGUCCAGAGCGUAAUGGUCCAUUCCCUGCGUGCCUUCAGGGCCGAGCCCGACCUUCUCCUCAACACCAUGGAUGUGUUUGUCAAAGAGCCUUCGUUGGACUGGAAGAACUUUGAGCUGAAGCAGCUGAAGAAAGGAGGCACGUGGACCGAGGACGUAAACACCAAAGAAAUAAACUGGUACCCGUUACAGAAGGUCAACUUCGCCCGAAGAAAACUAGAAGGAGCCAAUCCAGCUACGAUCACCAGUGAAGAGCUAAAGCUGGGCUUUGAGAAGGAUCCUGCCUUCCAGGGAAUGCAGGCCGCGGCCUUGGGAACGCCGGAGCACAACAUCCGUGCAAAACUUCCAGCUGCAGGCCUGUCAGUGGAAAAGCAGGUGGACUGUCUGAUCGACCAGGCCACAGAUCCAAAUGUUCUUGGCAGGGUGUGGGCGGGCUGGGAGCCAGGGUUCUGAAUCUUGGAUUAGGAGAGGAGUUCUCAUAGAAUCAGGUGGAAAUGUGAAGGAGAGGAUACUACUCAUUUUCAAACGUAUCGGCGUUAGUGAUUCUGAAACGUGGUCUGCGAUCAGUGAGUGGAAUAUGACAACUGUACGUUUUAAUAUUAAAAGUAGCAUUUUGUUAUUUCUUGAUCUACUGCUUCUAUUAAUGACAUAUACAUUUUUAAAAGCCGUACAAUAUGACCACUACGUUUUGAGAAACGCGCUAACUCCACGAGGAAAAGAAUUGUACAUUUGGGAGAAAAAUCGUAAUUUUACUUGAAUAAAGUCGUAAAUCUAAUACCUCGUCCUACUACUCCUCGCAGAGACCAAUGCGAGAAAUAAUUACAAUGAUUAUCGCUCUUUCCGAUAUGUACGUUACGACCGGUGGAUUCUGGGACUUGUAGUCUUUCGAACGCAGACGAAGCCUUUUCAAGCAAGCGCACUGUACUUUUCCGGUUCCCAAUAUUUGGCAGGUUGAUAACAACAAUUAUUUUAGUGUAAAAUAAAGAAUGAAAAUAAAAUCCCGCUUGUUUAUUUUCGAGUGAAAACGGAGGAAGGAGAGGAAAUAAAUAAAUUGUAAAAAUGGUUAACUUAAUUAAGAUUUCAACGGUGAAGAACAUUCUGGAUUUUUUUUUUUUUAUAUUUUUGUUUGUAGUCUCAUUCCGUGACACUGUGACAACAGCAGAAGCACGUUACCACAUUAUUGUCUGAUGCCGAGCGGCAUUGUGUAAAGCAGGAAACAGCGGCUUGACAUUCUUACAAAAACCAAAGGUCAUGUGGCGUUCCCUGGUUCCUUAGGUGUCCCUGGCCUGCAGCGUGUUUCUACACAACAGUAGUUGGUCAAAAGAGGCAAUUUUGAGAUAACAAAACCACAGAUUAAUCCAUUAAUCUUUUUUUAAUAGAUUAUACAAUCAAAUACAAGGAAACAAGAGUUUAGUCGAAAGAUGUCAAGUCCGAUUUUUGACCAGUACUUUAACAAAUGUUACCAAAACCAGUGUCACAACCACUUCCCCUUCCAUUGCAUAAAAAUGUCAGUAAUUCUUUUUUUUUUUUACCUCAGUCUUCAGGUGCCCAGCUGACUAACAUUAAGGGGUUUUAAAGGUAGAUUUUUCAAGUGUUGUUGUUACUUUUUUUUUUUUUUUAAAAACUUUCCCAAAAAUGUCCCGUCAUGAUUAAAUCAUGAGCGACAGGUGUUUAUUUAAGCAAAACUUAACUUUUUUUUGUUCCUCUCUACAUACACGCCUUAUGUAUCUUGCACAAAAUUUUGCAUAGAAACCACCGAGCAAUAUUAAAACACUGAUGAGGUCACGUCAAAAGAAGCAGGAAGAUAACCUUGACACAUGGCUCAUUAACAUCAUUUCUUGGUCACUGUCGGUGUAGUGUGAUUUAGAUUGUUGAGUUUUUAAUCUGUGUAUUAAUUUGAUUUUUUUUUUUUUUUUUUAACGUUCAACCCAAGUUUUUUUUUAUUUUUUUUUUUUUUUUUUACGUUCAACCCAAGUUUUUUUUUUUAUUUCCAGAGUAAAAAAAACAAAAACAGAAAUUUGAACAGCGUUCUUCCACAAGUAAGUCUUCAUUAGUGAUCACCAAAAAAAAACAAAAGACAAAAAA